GCUCCGGUGGAGGGGAGUGCGGCGGGCAUCUCCGUCAGUGCGCUGGAUAUUUGGCUGCGGCGUUUGAAGGGAAAGCGGCUCUGAGACGCUCCUGCCGGCUUCACCGCGGACUUUACAGCGAGGUCAAUAGCAGACUAGAGAUGCUGAAAAAGAAGACUGAAUGGUGCUGGACAGUCCCUCUGUUUAUGCUGUCGGCUGUGGCCCAGGUCACUGUGUUGGCCAGCCCUGAAAUAAACGACAGCCAACAGCAGCUGCCUCAGAAUGUGUACCACGACAUUGGCUUCACCAGGAACAAGAUAGUGACUGCGCAGUUUGAAUGCUACCAGAAGAUUAUGAAGGACAAUAACAAUGUGGGAAAAGUUGGAGCAAUGUGCAAUAAGACAUGGGAUGGCUGGCUGUGUUGGGAUGACACGGAUGCUGGGUUCACCACUCAGCAGCACUGUCCAGACUACUUCCACGACUUUGACCCUUCAGAGAUGGUCACUAAGAUCUGCAUGGAGAAUGGUCAGUGGUUUUUGCAUCCUGAGAGCAACCGGACGUGGACGAAUUACACCAGAUGUAACGAGCGCACUAGCGAAGGCAGAAUGGCCGCAAUGAACCAGCUCUACUUGGCCUUAAUAGGACACGGACUAUCGCUGAUCUCCUUGUUUGUUUCGCUUGGGAUAUUCUUCCAUUUUAAGAGUCUGAGCUGCCAGAGGAUAACCCUGCACAAAAACCUUUUUUUCUCUUUCGUCUUGAACUCCAUUAUCACCAUCAUCUGGUUGACUGCCGUGGCAAACAACCAGGAGUUAGUGCAGCGGAAUCCAACCAGCUGUAAAGUUUCGCAGUUCAUCCAUCUGUAUCUCUUUGGAUGCAACUAUUUCUGGAUGCUAUGCGAGGGGAUCUACUUGCACACCCUCAUCGUCGUGGCUGUAUUUGCAGAGAAACAGCAUUUAAUGUGGUAUUAUCUUCUGGGAUGGGGUUUCCCACUGAUACCAGCUACAAUACACGCCAUAGCCAGAAGCUAUUACUACAACGACAACUGCUGGAUCAGUUCCAACACGUCUCUGCUGUACAUUAUUCACGGCCCUAUCUGCGCGGCUUUGGUGGUGAACCUGUUUUUCCUGCUGAACAUUGUGCGUGUCCUCAUCACCAAGCUGAAAGUGACCCAUCAGGCUGAGUCCAGUCUGUACAUGAAGGCUGUGCGUGCCACCCUCAUUCUGGUCCCCCUCCUGGGAAUCCAAUACGUUCUCCUGCCGUAUAAACCCGGGGGGCGCAUUACCUCUGAGAUAUAUGAUUACGUCAUGAACAUCGUAAUGCAUUAUCAGGGGCUGCUGGUGGCCACUAUCUUCUGCUUUUUCAAUGGAGAGGUGCAGGGUGUGUUGAGGAGGCACUGGAACCAGUACCGCCUCCAGUUUGGCAGCGCACUCUCCCAUUCAGAUGCGCUGAGAUCCGCCUCCUACACGGCCUCCUCCAUCACAGAAGUACAGGGCUGCUACAGCAUCGACAGCCACAGCGAACACUUAAACGGCAAAAGCUGCCACGAGGCCGACAACGCCGCCUGCAAAUCAGAGAGCUCCUUCACCUGAGCAUGGUCACACUGUUACCAUGGCGAGUGUCACAUGACUGGACUUCAGCGUUUACUAGGCACUCUGGAAGAGGAAAGGAGAGAAUAGUGUUUCCUUGUUAUCACACUGAAAACUACCUUAUUACCUAACACAGCGGACGGCAGUAAGUGGACACAGUGCCCCUCUACCUACCCCGCGGCUCUCAUCAAAAAAAAAAAAAAACACUUUCUCUUGAUUUGAACUCUGUACAGUAUUUGAAGUCACCUGGCUGCUUUUUAAAGACAUUCAAUGCAAGGAUUUUAAUCAUUUUGUAACUCAUUAAUCACCAAGAAAUGAAUUGUGAAUAACACAAACUGUGCUCGAUAUCUGCCAGGUUGGAAUAUCAGUAAUUGUGAUCAUGUUGAAUUUUUGCUGCCAACAGCAAGCUGUGCUGACAUGCGCUGUACCAAACGAUGCAAAAUGUUCCAUUUUUAUUGAAUCUGUUGUACAGAAAAUAAGAGGUCAUGUUGUGGAAGACAGCCUGCAUCUUUUUACAUGUGGAGUUCAGCAUAGUACUGUAAAUUACAUUAUUGUCUUCUAUGAGUUAUGUCACAGUGUACAUGUUAUUUCACAUCUGUGGUACUUUUUAAUCAAAAGAUAACAGAUCAACUUAAA